AUGGACGUCGGUGUCACGGUCGUCCCCUUGAAACAUCCGUCUCGUCCUGGUCAACAAGGACUUGAUCCAACCAGACCCACGGAGCGCGUUGCCAUCAUAGGCGCGGGAGCUGGCGGUUCUUCAGCCGCAUUUUGGAUCGCGAAAGCCAAAGAGCGGUACGGGCUAGACGUUGAGAUGGAUCUCUAUGAACGUAAUGAUUAUGUUGGGGCCGUAAGCAGCACUGUUCUACACCCGUACAAUAACGCCGACUUGCGACCAAUCGAACUGGGGGCAUCAAUCUUCGUCGAGGUCAACAAGAACAUGUGGCGUGCUGUCGACGAGUUCGGUCUCGAAAGGGUAUCCUACAAAGACGCAAACACUGUCAUGGGAAUUUGGGAUGGCUCUCAAUUCGUCCUCUCUACGGGCGGUAGUUUCUACAGUAAUUUGACAUCUCUAGUUGGGGCACUGAAUUGGACUUCCCUCACCAGUUGCACCGCGGCCGAGUUUCUCGAUGCCGAGGACAUCAACCCGCAAUGGACGCGCGAGCUUGUGGAAGCCGCAACACGCGUCAACUACGCUCAAAAUGUUGACUCCAUCCAUGCUCUCGAGGGCCUUUGCUCACUUGCAGCUACCGGCGCGUCAAGCGUCAAGGGUGGAAAUUUCCAGAUAUUCGAACAGUUCCUGGAGCGAAGCGGCGCGUCGGUACACCUGAAUACGACUGUCAUAUCUCGCGCGUAUCGGGCGGUUGUGUUGGCGGCACCGUUGCACCAGGCCGCGAUCUACAUCUCUCCUCCAGGCUUUGCGGAGAUCCCUCCACCCCAGCCCUACGUUCGUCUGCAUGUCACGUUGCUGACCACUCCGUCUUCGUCGCACAAUCCCGCGCGUUUCAACACGAAUGAUUCCCGAGUCCCCACGUACAUUAUGACGUCGUACAACGGUGUACGCCAACAUGUCAGUCCGGAUCCUGACUUCGUCGCCAUGGCAUUCCAUGGGCAGCUGAAGAAUGCGGACGGAGAGCUAUACCAGGGUGUCCACGGUGAAGAACAUGUAGUGAAGAUCUUCUCUCGGCAGAGAUUGUCGGAUGAGUGGUUGGAAGGUAUGUUCGGCAAAGUCGGAUGGCUACUGAGGAAGGAGUGGGAUGCAUACCCCGUCUUGACUCCCACCACAACCUUCCCGUCGAUCAAACUAGCGCGUGGGCUGUACUACGUGAACGCAUUCGAACCUCUCAUAUCUACCAUGGAGACGGAAACCGUUGCAGCACGUAAUGCAGUAGACUUACUCCUGCGAGAAGAGCUCGGCGCGUCCAUCUGUCCACCUACCGAUCACCAGACGAAUGCUUCCAUCAGCACUGGCAAGGACUUCGUUCUGGGAUGGGAUUGCUAGUCUACAAGUGUUGACAUCGUCGGUCAAAACAGUGCAGUAUGAUUUCCAAGUAGAGGUCUAGUUACCGUCGCGUAGAGCAAUCUCGUAUGCCCUUUACUUCUAAGCAACGUUCAAUAGAAACCGUCUCCGGACAUCAUCAGUCUCCUCGAAAGGUUACGAACCAAAGGCGAGCAGCGCUUCGACAACAUACAACCUUUCGAACGUAUCACUCAGGCUUGCAGAACUGCAGACGCACCUGAUCA